CGUUGAACUUUUCCACUGCUGCGUCUCCAUCCUUGUUGCUUUGGUUUCAGGCCAGGAUCAAGGCCAAGGCGAUCGCCAUCAACACUUUCAUGCCAAAGAACGGUUACCGUCCGGUGGAGGUGAACCCGUACGCCCAGCAGCGCUUCACCUCCUACUUCAUCCCUCCAGUGUACAGCCCGCAGCAGCAGUUCCCUCUGUACAGUCUGAUCACGCCACAGGCCUGGUCCACGACCCACAGCUUCAUCGACCCCACGCUGGUCGCCCCGUUUCACAACAACCAGUUCAUCAACGGAUUCACCACGUCACACGGUUUCAAACCGGCGGCGUCGCCGCUUACCGUCAGACACUACUCACUCAGGAACAGGUGAGUUCCUGCUGCUGAUUGGUCAGACGGCC